AUGCAGGGGAAAGUCAUCAUUAUCAUCAUGAAUCCAACAACAAGCCACGGCGGCCGCCGGAUGCUAACAACAGCAGCUCUGUUCAUCGCCGUCGCUCUGAUCUCCCUUGACGCCGCUUCUGCUCAGCCGGACACUCAUUACUACGAGUUCAUUCUGAAGGAGUCCAACUUCACGAAGCUGUGCAGCACCAAGGCGAUGAUCAGCGUCAACGGAUCGUUUCCCGGUCCGACCAUCACGGUCCGGAGAGGGGACACCGCCUACGUCAACGUCCACAACCACGGCGAGCAUGGCGUCACCAUUCACUGGCAUGGGGUGAAGCAGCCGAGGAACCCGUGGUCGGACGGGCCGGAAAACAUCACCCAGUGCCCGAUUCAGCCCGGGAACAACUUCACGUACGAGGUUGUCUUCUCCGACGAAGAAGGGACGCUGUGGUGGCACGCCCACAGCGAGUGGACCCGAGCCACCGUCCACGGCGCCAUCGUCGUCCUGCCGGCUCAGGGAAAGACUUACCCUUUCCCGGCUCCUUAUGCUGACCAAACCAUUGUCCUCGCCUCAUGGUUCAAGGGCGACGUAAAAACCAUAAUCGACGACGCGGUCUCCACGGGGGGCGACCCACGCGCCUCCGACGCCUUCACCAUCAACGGCGAGCCGGGCGACCUCUACCCCUGCUCCAAGCCCACCACCACCCGCAUCACCGUCAACUCCGGUCAAACCUACCUCCUCCGCCUCAUCAACGCCGUGAUGAACGAGGAGCACUUCUUCGGCAUCGCCAACCACACCCUCACCGUCGUCGGCCGCGACGGCUCCUACACAAAACCUUACCCCACCCCUUUCGUCGUCAUCUCCCCCGGUCAAACCAUGGACGUCCUCGUCACCGCCAACAUGACGGUCAGCCACUACUACGUCGUCUCCACGCCGUUUGAAGACGGCGACGUGCCGUUCGACAAGACCACGGCUACGGCCAUCAUGCAGUACUCCGGGGUGUACCCUCCGCCGUCGACGGUGCCGUUCCCGGUGCUGCCGGCGUACGACGACAGCGACGCGGCGGAGGGGUUUGUUGCCGGGCUGAGGAGUUUGGCGAGCGAAGAGCAUCCCGUGAAUGUGCCCAAGGACGUGAAGAGGAGGUUUGUGAUCGCGAUUGCGUUGAACGCGCUGCCGUGUGCUAAUGCGUCGUGCGAUGGGCCCGAUGGCAAUCGGUUGGCGGCCAGCUUGAACAAUAACGGGAUAUUCAACCAAGACUUCCCAACCGAGCCGCUGACCUACUUCAACUUCACCGGGAACAACGCGGACGUCUCCGGCGCCACCGCGAGGGGCACGAGGGCCAUGAUGGUGGAGUACGGCGACACCGUGGAGAUCGUGCUGCAAGGGACCAGCCUCAGCGCCGCUCAGAACCACCCGAUCCAUUACCACGGCUACAACUUCUUCCUCGUCGGCGCCGGCAAGGGCAACUUCGACGUCAAGACUCACCCCGGAUCCUACAACUUGGUCGACCCGCUGGAGGUCAACACCAUCGGCGUCCCCAAGAACGGCUGGGCCGCCUUCAGGUUCCUGGCCAAUAAUCCUGGGGUUUGGUUUAUGCACUGCCACCUGGAGCGACAUGCGACGUGGGGGAUGGAAACCGUCGUCAUCGUCAAGAAUGGGAACUCCACCGACGCCAGAAUCCGUCCCCGGCCGGAUCACAUGCCGCUCUGCAGCGCGUCAUGAAGGAAAAGAGGGCAGGAAAAGUUCAUAUACUUACUAAAGUUGAAAUCUGAUAUAGGGUGCUUAUG